AACUCUGUAUUCCUGCAGUGAUACAAUUUAUAAUCAGUGAUGGAUACUUUUUUUCCUUUUUUUUUUUAACUCAGUUGCUUGGGAAUCGACCCCAGUCGCUCCUAAUUUUGGGUUUUAGGAGGGUUGGAACUGUACAACUUGCUUCUUUGCUUAUUGAAUUUGUUUUGUUGUAGCUCAGGUGUGUGUGUCUGCUCUGGUCAGAGCUGUUAGGGUAGGUGCUCUGUAAGGGACUGCAGCUUGUCUAAUUCAACUUGGAGGCAACUAAUGGUCAUCCUAUUAAAUUACCUUAGCUUUAAAAGAAAACAAACCAGUCCCCUGAAGUACUGGUAGGCUUUCAUGGAUGAAAGUGUUUCAAUUUGGAGUGUUGUAUUAAGUACGGAUUCUGAGCUCUUCACUAUCAAAACCAAUGGUUCUGCAAGCUCAGCCGCAAUUUUCUUACGCAAACCUUGAAGUUAAAUCGAAUUCCCAUUAAUACAGAAGUGUAUGAGCUAAAAGUUCUGAAGUUAAACCAUGAAAACAAUAUGGAAUGCAAAUUUUGGAUCCCUUAAAUUAUACUUCUUAAAUAUAUGUAGAAUAUAAAAAUGAAUAAUCUUGUGAAAAAUACAUUUUUGCUUUCCCUUUAUGUAAUUCUUUUGUGGUGCUAUGGAAUUAGAAAUAUGUAAGAGGCCUUUUAUAAGAGAGAGACCAGUAAAAUAUUUAAGAACAUUCAGUUAUUGGUAAGGAAUAUGGAAACAGCAUGGGAAAAACUGAUAGGCUGAUUUUCCAAAAUGUGCAAAAAAAAAAAAAUAAAAAUCCACUUAUGUUGAAUUUGUUAUUUCCAUACAGUUCAUCUGGAAGGAAUACUUACAGAAUCUCCUUAAGCUUAAAUGGUGCAAUUCCAAGAAUCUGUAAUUAAAAAUGGUAGUUAAAUUGCAGACAAUUUUCUGUAUGGCUACAAGAGCACAGUGCCUCUCUUGAACAAUAUUUUGUUAUAUUUCCAUUUAUGCUACAUAUAGCUUAAUAACAGUCACCCUACUAGAACUGCUGGAGAAAUUUGUCAAGAUUGCUUUUUCCUGUUUGUGUGUUUUGUACUGGGGGGGGUUAUGUGAAGGUAGGUGCUGUUGGAGUUCUCUGCCUUUGCCUUUAGACUCUUUCCACCUUGUUCUCAAUAUGCUUGAGGUUUGGAUUUGGUGGGAAGUUUUUGACUUUUUUUUUUUUUCCAUUCUCCUCUACCUUAUUUUUAGAUACUGUCAUCUGUAGGCAAUUCAUUUCAGUGGCAGCAACUGUCAGAUCUAAACUUCUGCUUUGGAUAGGUUUUCUUGUGUCCAAAUUGAAAAGGCCAACCUCUCUCUUGCACUUUACUGUGCAUGAAGCACUUGCAAGGAGCUUCGUUCCUUCCUUUUCCCCAGUGGGAAGCUAAGCUAAAUAGGGCUGGUCUGAAAACCCUAGAUAUCAGCUGAUGCACUCAGAUGAGAUUUGGUGCCAAAGCAAAGGGUGUUGUGUACGUACCUUCCCUCUUCAAACAAGCAAACCUUUCCAAGCAAAAUGGCUAGUUUUUUGGUUUUUUUAAUCACAACUAUAUGUAGAUAUGAAUGUGCUCAAAUUUGUAAAUACUUUUAAAGCCUCUUUCCUUAUUCGUCUCUGUAAGUACAGCUCAGUGAGUAGCUCCUUCUUUGAUCGAAUUGCAGCUGAGCAGGCACAAAGUGACAUAUGCAUGGUCUGUGGUAUGUGUGAUCAGCUGCUACGGCGUGUCCUGCUUGAUAUUUACUUGGUGCACUGCUCUCACAUUUCAGAAUUGGGUCGACAAUAAACACUAACAUUGCUCUCAUAGCGAGCGUGUCAAGCAGUACGAGUUCUGUGUUGAGUGCAUGCUGUGGCCAGGAACGCGAGGCUGUGCCACGGUCCGUCUGGUUUGAAGGUUGCUACCAUGCUUGGCCUUUGGAAAGAGACAAGAAUUAAAAAUAACUCCUUAUAAUGUCAAUCUGUUUUAGGGCUGAGGAUGGAAAUAAUAAUGUGUGAUAACGUGCUUCAGAGAGAAAAGCAGAUCGGUUGUUUUUCCUUUGAAGCAUUCCAGUCCGAGGGAAUCUGAAGGAAGCACCCUACGAAGAGAUGACGUGUAAUGGCCCAGAUAGCUCCGAACCUGGUGCCACUCCAGCCACUGAUGGCAACCAGGAGUGGACCCAGGAACACGACCGACUAGGAACCUUUGUGGAGUUUCCCCCUGAUUGUCCAGUUCCAGCAUCAGCACUUGCUCGAGCUGGCUUUGUUUAUACUGGAGAAGGUGAUAAAGUCAAGUGCUUCAGUUGCCACGCGACUGUUGAAGGAUGGCAGCCUGGGGAUUCUGCAGUUGACAGACACAAAAACCUUUCCCCAGAUUGCAGAUUUAUUUCUGAGUCUGCUUUUUUGGAAAAUAAUGUACAUCCUCUUGUGCAGAGCCACCGGCAUAGAACUGAAAAUGGCUCCAACAGUUUAGCCCUCUCAACUGCUCUGGAGGACUUGUCUGAUGUGGAGGCAGAUUACCUGUUGAGAACCAGGCAGGUUGUGGACAUGUCUGAUACUCUGUAUCCUAAAAACCCCGCUAUGUGCAGUGAAGAAGCCAGGCUGAAGUCCUUUCACAACUGGCCUCCCUAUGGCCUAUUGACUCCAAAGGAAUUAGCUAGUGCAGGACUCUACUAUACAGGUGUUGGUGAUCAGGUCGCGUGUUUUUGUUGUGGUGGGAAACUGAAAAACUGGGAGCCUGGUGAUCGAGCUUGGUCUGAGCACAAGAGGCAUUUCCCCAAAUGCUUUUUUGUCCUGGGUCGGGACGUUGGAAAUGUUUCAAGUGAAUCUAUUUGUGCUGAGCUUGGGAGAAGCUGUCUAAACAACGAGCAGCAUCCAAGGAAUCCAUCCAUGGUAGAAUAUGAAAGGAGGAUACAAACAUUUCUCACUUGGAUAUACCCUGUUAACAAGGAACAUCUUGCUGAAGCAGGGUUCUACAGCACAGGUAAUGGCGAUCACGUUGUGUGCUUCCACUGCGGUGGAGGAUUGCAAGAGUGGAAGGAAAAUGAAGACCCGUGGGAUCAACACGCCAAGUGGUUUCCUGGGUGCAAGUUCUUGAGAGAGGAAAAGGGACUAGAAUUUAUAAAUAAUGUUCACUUAAGAGAUGGAUGUAGGGAUUCAACAAUGGAAGCUGCUGAAGUUACAAUACUUCCUAAAGAUGACCUCUUACAGAAUCAGUUGGUACAGAAUGCCAUUCACAUGGGUUUCAGUUUGUCUGAGAUUAGGAGCAUUAUGGAAAAGAAGUUGCACAUGUCUGGAGAAAGCUAUACAUCUGUUGAGGAUCUGGUAGCAGACUUAAUAAGUGCUCAGAAAGAAAAUGUAAAGGGAGAACCACCAAAAGAAAGCCCACUUGAGCAAGAUCUCAGUAUUGAAGAGAAGUUAAGACGCUUACAAGAAGAAAAGCUCUGUAAAAUCUGUAUGGCUAAAGACAUAUCAGUAGUCCUCAUUCCCUGUGGUCACCUGGUUGCUUGUAAGGAAUGUGCUGAAGCAGUUAAUAAAUGUCCUCUGUGUUGUACAAAUAUUAUCAAAAGACAGAAAAUUUUUAUGUAUUAAUGGAAUGUACAGUACUGUGGAUGUAAGUGCUCCCUGCUUUAUUUCUUUAAACAUGUGUAAUGUGACAACAGAAGGUUGGGUGUUCCCCAGUCUAGCACACACUUAUGGUGCAUCUCACUUUGGAGAUAAUGUAAACAGUAAAGCUUUAAUCAACACCCUGAAAAAGGAGUUGACUGUCAGAAGCUGCUAGAUUUUUGUUUAGAGCACUGCCUCCUUAGUGCUCUCCUUGCUUUUUGUGCUUUUACUUUGAAGUUGUGAUUUAAAAUAACCGUUAUUGUAUUUUCAGAUCUGUUUGUGUUCACUCUUGUACUAAUCUUCUGUGAAUACAGGAGUUAAAUACACGGACAGUCUUUCAGGAAAUGGUGUAGGAAACUGGGUGUUUUGACUGAGUAGCACUGAUGCUGUGUUUUUUUCUCCCACCAACAAGUUUGAGAAAUCAGACAGUAUAUAAAUAGCAGAAAAAAAUCUACUUUUUAUAGACUGUGUUUCUACUAAUUACCAUUUGCUCCGCUCAUUUAUCAAAAAUAGACCUGCUUAAUUUUCUCUUCUAGUGGGACCAAGGGUAACAGCCUCAUCAGAGGAAAUAAAUUUAGGGUAAUUUUUAUGUUGUUAUUUUGAAUAUUCAGAUGUCCGAAUAGAUCUUCUGGGGUUAAAAUUCUUCCUGAUUCAUUGGAUGCUACAUUAAGGACCUCAUUUUAUGCAUCUUAUCCCCUACUAAUCUAGCGUUUCUAGUUUGAAAAACAUCAGCUAAAAUAUCUUUUUCUUUUAUUCUUGUAACUUGCCAAUCUGAAGAGCAAAAUAACAUCAGUAGGAGCAGCUUUGCUAUAGGUUCUGUCUUCUAGCUACGAUUGUCUGUGUGAUAUUGUGUAGGUCAGUAAUUAGAUGCCUUUACUGGCACUGAAGGAUGUCGUCUAUCUAUCUUGUCAUUCUUGUUUACACUUGUAAGCCUCUGUAACUGGUCUCAAAUAAUAAUUAACAGGCUAAACAAACAUGAGCAACACAGGAACUAGCUCUGAAUGGUGUUGGUUUUCUUCUCUUUUCUUCUUAGAUUGACAGGUUAGCAACACCCUUGAAAUUAAUGGACCCUUUUAAAACUGCUCUAAGCUUUAAAAAUACCAUAACUGCCUCUGGAUAUCUGUGACUAACGAAAGAUGGAAAUGGUAACUGAUGUUGAUCACGAAGUUAAUCAGAACACUCAUUCUUAACUUCAUUUCAUGUGCCACCUACAGACAUAAAAUGCAGACAAUCCUAGGAUGUAAUCACCUGGCUGUAUUUAAGUUUUUCUGCUGUCGAACUACACGUAUCUAAAUAUUCUUAAAAUUUUUCUUAAUUCAGUUUUUCUACAUCAAAUCCAGUACUGAAAGGCAAGUAUAUAACUUCUGGUAGCUUCACUUCAUAGACCUGGUUUGGCAAAGUCUAAGCAAUGCAGAGCUUUAUUUAUGUCAUCGUUCCUUUGUCUCACUGUGGAGAGACUCUGUAUAGCUGAAGUUUAUGCAAAUAGAGUUGUUUAAAAAAUCAGGCCCUCUAUAAAACUUGUACAUGCUCAUUUUUGAAAUUCUGACUCUUAUUCGGAUGUGUAUCAGCUCAGGUUCUAGCAUCUCAAAAACGCCGUGUGAUUGAAAAUGUUAGCUCUGUGGCUUCGGUUGUGACAUGAUUCAGAGAGUGUGUAAAGCUGCUGCUGAAAGAUGUUAGAUUGUUACUGCUACUUGGCCAGUUUUUCUGUUGUGAUCAAUAGUUCCUGUAUCCCUGUUCACUAUUUCUGUUGUUGCUGUAUAAAUAGGCCUCAGAAAACCGGUUUUAGCCUUCUGCUUUUCUCAGCUUGUAUACAAAUGUCAUUCCUUACAAGUGAACUCGACAGAAACGAAGGAUAUUCUGCAUACCUCGUGCCCUUCAUUAUCUAUUUUAAAACUUCUAUCUUAUUUUAAAACUUCCCCCAUACCUAUGAGACAUUCAAUGUUCGUUUGCCUCACCUUUCUAACGUUUAGCAUCAUCCUCACUUAAAACACUAGCAGAAAAAAUAGCUGACUUAUAGUAACACUAAUUAUGUGACUUCCUAUUUAUGUGGGCAUACUAAUUUGUUUCUGUUUAUACAGAAAUUUUAUCUUGGGUCCUACACACUGAGUAAUAUAUUUGAUUAAUGAUACUUUAUAAAGAAUAUAUAGUUUUUCACAUGAUGAAGGUUUUAAAUGCAAUAUACAGAAAUGUAAUGUCUCUAUUUUUUGUUAGAUAUUUGCUAUGAUUAUGUGAGAUUUCACAGAACUGACACAUUGUUCCAGUGCAAUUUUGUGUCUAUUUAAAUAAAGUGCAAUCCAGUUGUUCUCGGA